AUGGUCUUGCUACUAUACCUCACUCGAAGAGGUCACCGCCGCUACGAUGGCCAGCAGGCGAGCGAUCCCAUGGAAUCACCAAGAGAGCUGGAGCAACCCCUCGCUGAAUCGAAGCAGCCUUCAUCGAGUAUCCGGGAAACCAUAAUUGUGAUCUCGCCCGACGGGGAGACCCGACCGGUAUCCGGCACUCAGACGCACAGAGCUUCACAGUUCUCUCAUCGCACUCAUCGCAGUGGAGGCACCUUGGGCUCCUCUGUGCCCCAGCUGCCCGAUCUCCCUAGCAUAUCCUCAGGCCUCCUCUCACAAUCGUACCGCUACUCGUAUCGGAUGUCCCAGGUUCCGAGCCACCUGUCUCCUCCUGGGACGCCCGUGUACUCGGAGAAGACCCCUCGAACAAGCUUUCGCAGCUCGCGGAUACCAUCUGUCAUAGGCAACGUACUCGGAUCGGAUCAGGUAUUGCUUCCGAAUUCGACUCUACUCGAGGCGCCUGCUGCCGGUGGCGGAGAGACGCCACCAGGCCCGGCUGGCGACAGCCGCGAUCAGGCAGUUGCGCGAGCCCACGACUGUCAGUGCGGUUUGGAGCCGUGCAAGUGCAGACGAGCUACCGAUGGCGGCGUGCGCCUCGCGGGUGGACGGCCUGGGGAGGAGGUUGAGGGAGAUGUUGACGGGGCGCAGCGUAGCGAUUCGGUGGGAUCAAUGCUGCCUCCCAUGUACGGCGGGUUCGACGGUGCAUGAGCGUUCGUGUUGGCUGAGGUGACCAGUCUUCCAUUCCUUUGGUUUCCCUCUUGGUAGUUGUAUACUUGCAUUCCAUUGACUUCCGGGCGUUGUAUCAUU